AUGCCUGGAGAACAAGACAUCAUCCGUACUUGUGGCAUGCUGGCGGCCGAGGUACCCAGCAUGGAGACUCUUCCACUGUACGGAUCUCUCCCAAAACAAUUGCAGGAUCGCAUCUACCAUAAGUCCAGCAAUGGCAAAUGCAUCGUCAGCACGAAUAUCGCUGAAACUUCGUUGACUAUACCAAAUCUGGUUUUUGUCAUCGACUCGGGCCUGGCAAAGGAAAUGCUUUGGAAUCCGCGUGUACGCAUGAAUCAACUUCUGCGUGUGCCUAUCUCCCGCUUUUCUGCUGAUCAGCGCAAGGGUAGGGCAGGUCGUAUCUCUGACGGAGUAUGUAUCCGCUUGUACACGCAGAGUGCAUUUCAGACAGAGUUCCGGCAGUCUACCAUGCCCGCGAUACGAAGCUCUAGAAUGGAGUCUGAGGUAUUGGCUCUGCUUUGCGCCGGCCAUCGAAACCUGCUUGGUCUGGACUUUUUAGAUUCUCCGGACCCUGAAAAUAUUGCCAGCGCCAUCCGAGAGCUGCUAGACUUGCGCCUCAUUACCGGCAGUGAUCAGGUCAAUGAGACCGGUCAAGUCAUGCUCCCACGCCUUUCGCCCACGGUAGAUGGGCGGCUCGCCGUGCAAUUUCCUAUUGCACCAGUGAUGUUCAGAGUUUUGGAGUCAGCCGCAAGGCUUGAGUGUCUGGAAGAGAUGUGCGCAAUAGUCGCUGCAUCUAGCCAACAGAACCCCAUUUGGGUGCGCCCUACGGAGUUCGCCGAUGCCGCUGACCUGCACGGCCCUGCCCUGUUCGCUCAUCCAUUGUCGGACCACAUCACGAGCCUCAACGCUGUGCAGGCGUAUGCCAAGGCAUUCAUGGAAAAGAAGGUGGACCUCAACGAAUGGUGCCUUGAGAACUUCCUUUCGCGAGCCGCCCUCGACAGUGUUUGCACGCUUCGCAACCGGCUCAUCAAACUUGCCGAGAAGAGAUGGCCUGGCUGCAUCCCGACAGUCGCAGACGACAUUAGUGCUGAUGAGUACCAUGUUCGCAUCAGGAAGGCCUUGGCCAUUGGUCUCUGUACACAAUCGGCCGUGAAAAAGAUCAAAACAGAUCUGCACAUGACGGUCAACUACAACAAGGGCGGCAUCAUAUCUGCAGAGAGCAGCGUCCUUUACCAUGGAUACGACUUGUCCAGCAUGCCAAUCAACAGGGCAAGCAAUGGUUUUCCGGCCUACCAAUGGAUUGUCUACGACGAAUUCGUCAGUGUGGCCGGAAAGCCGACGUUUAGUAACGUGACGGUUAUUGAACCUGAGUGGGUCUGUAAUGAAGAGUUCAUGUCUCGGGACCGCGCUACCAAGAAGUAUAAUGGUCAACUCAAGCAGCCCAAGAUCCAAGCCAAUCUUGCAGCGGCUCGACAGUCAAUGGCCGACACAGCAGCAGCCACAGCAUCAAUGACGCAAGUCACGAUAUAG